ACUCCGCAAUAUCGAUAAUAUUUAGCGCGUAGAUGAAGUAGAAUACCAUUUUAAUGCGUACAUUGUUAUUUUUAUAAAUAUCACUAGUUCCAGAUAAAACGAUAAAAAUAAGUACCUAUAUGUGAAAUAUUAUCAAUGAUAAUCUCAAGGAGUUCGAUAUCAUUUGUAUAUUAUCUAGUUUUGUGGAUUUAAUUGAAAUCAUUCGAAGACAACUGUGUUCAUACGGUUAAUAAUACGAUUAUAUUUAUAAAAUAAGCCGCGUAAUGACGCCCCCAAUAUUGUGAUACAAUACUUAUAUUUAAUCUUAAAUUUUCUAGUAUUCGUUAACCUGUUAAAGUUAUUCCGUGUGAGAUAUAGCGAUAAAGUGUUAUCGUCACAAUAGCUCCACUGCGAUUAAACGAUUUAUACAGGUGUGACGUUAGCGCUCGCAGCUGAUAACUAUUUCAAUAGCCAUGUGGAAUAGUUUAGGAAAUUUUGUCCUUUGUUGUGUAAAGUGAAUUUCAAGUGUUUUGAUGAUAAUUAUUUUAAUGUGUGAAUAUGGAUAGAUUGAAGCAGAAGUUAAAAAAAGAAAAACAAGUGAAGGAUAGUGGUAAAGAUAAACAAAGUCUAUUUAUUACUGACGUGAAAAGUAUAAAGGAAAACCUUAAGAUAAAGGAAAUAUUACGAACUGUCAAAAUGAAUAGUAGUAUGAGGUUAAAAGGUCCACCUGGUAGCCAAAUAAUGAAUAGCAAAGAUUUUAACGAGGAGGAUUGUUUUGAAGAAUCUUCAAACAAUCAAAAUUCAAUCGAACCUCUAAGUGCAUUUAAUCCAGACGUGGAUGUCACGAAAGCUGAUUUAGAAGAUCACGUUGAAAAAGAAGUGAAUACCAGUGAAAAUGAAUUAUCUCCAGAAAUUUUAAAUAUAAACAAAAUUGAAAUAUCAGAAGCAAGUGAUGAUACUCAAAAUGAGGCUCAAAGUGAAAAAAAUAAUUCUCUAAAUAAUUCUCAAAGCGAUAUAGACGAUAAUGAUGAAAUUGCUAAUUUAACUGCGUCUUUAUCGAAUGGAAAACUUAUUGAAAAGAAUCGAGAUAGAAAAUUAUCCCUAGACCAUACUAUGUUAUCUAGACAAGAUGGUUUUUCGCAAUCUGAAUUAGAUUUACAUACAAUCGGGAAAUCUCCACUUGAAAGGAAAUAUUCAUUCUUUAGAAAGAAAAUGGACAGUUUUGUAAGAAACACGACCGAAAUGUUUAGAAGACAAAAUAGUUUUUUACAACGUCGUGGUUCGAUGUCAGUUUCACUUCAAUCAUUAAACGAUAAGUGUAAUAUUAGUGAAACUAGUGAAACGAAAUGUCCACCACUACAGGAUCAGGAGCCACAUGGAAGCAGAUCAAGUUUGCAAAUACCACCGUCUCCAAUAGUGCGCAGUACCUCCAGCUUAUCAUUGAUGCAGAGCGGAAACCUGCCGAGCUCGUCAUCACAAAACAGCCUAGCUGGAAGCCAGCCUGCACUGCAUGGUCUAAAUAGGGCGGAUUCUGAAGAAUUACACUCCAAUUCUAAUAGCGUACACAGCUUAAACGAGUUUUAUUUAAAAGAAGCAAUGUUGAACUCUCGGGCUAUCUCGAUGAGUUCCGGACUGGACGCUCCGUUCCGCCAGCAAAGCAGAAAGGCAUCUCGAUCAAAUAGAGUGACAUGGAUCGCAAGCGAAUGUUUAGCUAAUUCCACGCUAAGAAAUAUACAAGACGAGCAUAACGAGAUGCAGACCUGUCAUUCCUACCAAGAUUUUUCUAGUAUACCAGAAAAUGAAUUGUACAGCCAAAUACCCGAUAACAAGGGUCGGAGGCUAUCGUAUCAACGCGCGGUGUCCGGAGAGGAUCCGAUGCCUAUGCAGUUAAAGUACCAAGAUUCCACGUCAAGAAAAAAACAUCAAUUUCCAGAAAGUUACGAGUCUCGUUAUGAGCUGGCUAAUAUUUUGGCGGAGUACACCAAACACGGCGUGCCUACACUACAAGGAUUUGACAUCACGCCUGUUCCCGAAGAAGCCUAUGCGUACCUCCUGUGGGCCACCAAGGAGGAGAACUACGAAGAAUUUUUCAACUGGAAAACUUUACCAGAUAAAGAACAGUCAAGGCAAGCUGUUAUAAAGGAAUUUAUUUUCACGGAGGCGGAGUACUUGAAACAUUUGAUGACUUUGAUCGAGGUUUACAUUGGUGCGGCGCACGGUGUACAAAACAAAGGAAAAUUGUUAAAUAUCGAUACGACAAAAUUGUUUUCUAACUUGCCCGAUGUGUUAAACGCCAGCCUUUCUUUCUGGCAUCUGGCUUACGUGCCUAUGUUAGCGGAUGCUAUUCAAAAUUCAAGACCUUUCAACAUGAAAUUUAUGUCCAACGGUUUCUCGUUAUUUAAAGAACUCUUUCUACCAUAUGAAAAAUUUGUCGUUGAACAAGGUGAUCUUCUAGAAUACUACCGCAAGAAACAGCAAACGGAAGCUGAUUUCGCAAUGUUUCUAACAUGGUGUUAUAGCCAGAAACAAUGUAAUAGACUUCAGUUGAAUGACUACUUGGUAAAGCCAAUGCAACGUAUGACCAAGUAUAGUCUUAUAUUAGACAGGAUUCUUAGCAAUACUGAUGACGCCGAUGAGUAUAUGGCUAUUAAUGUUAUGGUAAAAUUGGCCAAAAAUAUUCUUGUUGGCCUAAACCGUUCUGUACGGCAACGUGACGAAUUACACCAAUUGGACCUUCUGGAAAACUCCAUUGAAGGCUUCACUAUCGGUAUGAAAGACGACGACGUUGAAAAAAUUUGCAAAUCGCUUGGCAAUUUGAAUGUAAAAGCCCCUAUGCUCUACUGCCUCCCAGUCCACAAACGAAACCUCAUUCAUCAAGGAGAACUUCGCUUCCGAGAUGGCGCUAAGGAGAUUGAUGUCCGUGUAUUGCUUCUUACUGAUAUGCUUCUAGUUUGUCGGAAACUAGCUAGAGGCAAAGCUUAUCAGUAUAAGCAGAUUAGGCCUAAAUACAUGAUUGACAAGUUGGUUCAGAUCCCGAAAUUCGUUGGAAAGAAUAAGAAAAAUAUCUCAUGCCUCUUAUACGUACUGGUGGAUGAUCUAGGGUCCCCAUGCACCAGUUUCUGCCUCUCGGAGAUGUCAAAGGACCCUAAACCUCAAAGGACGCUAAAAACGUGGGAAUUGAAAUUUAAGGAGGCAAAGUUGACUUAUGAACUAGUUACAUUGAUGUCUAAAAAUCCCGACAGGGAAAUCGAUAAAGCUACAGUGAGCAGAUUUAUUGGAUUGACAAAUAUAAGGUCAAGUAAAGAUGACAAAACUGUAGAGACUGAGGCACGCGAACGCGUAGCCACAAUGAUCCAUCGGAGCAUAGGGGCUCCAAAUGACAUGAUGGACAAAAAAAACUUUUUACCGACAGCUUGGAAUAUCCAAACAUUCGACGGUAUACCUUACGCUGACAAUCAAAUUCUUAUGGGCGCAAGCGUUCGCCAAACUGGGCGCCAUAGAAAAUGUAGUGUCGUGCAUCGCACUUCAAUAAUACGUCACACGACUGAUGCUUCUUCUCAAGUGUCUCAAACAGUCAGUUAUCAACUACCGACAAGUUCGCAGUCGCACGAUGAGCUACACAGUGGUCCCAGGCGGAUGGUUAAGCGCAUCAGUAUAUCUCCGGAUCGACUGCUACCGCCACUGCCAGACACAGCGGGUGGUUCAUCAAUCACAGUUCGGGUGACCGAGAGCGAGUCUGAAAUAGCGAGGCUACAAACAACAACAUCGAUGCAAUUGUCGCCGUCAAAGAGUUCGGAAUGCUCUGUUAGCACGCAAAGUACCCUGCGCGUGCAGCCACAGAACAACGUCGCGACACUUAUUUACAGCUUGCCUGAUCUGACUAUCGAACCCAGUACACCAAGAACCACAUCAAGCCCCACACAACCGACAGCAUCAGAAAGGUUGUACCAAUCACACCAUGAAGUUUUAGAAAGGAAUCGGCUGAUGACGACUCAAACGCAACAAUACCUCACACCUGACAGUCGAGGAUCUAGCUAUCCACCGCCAAGUCCUACCAGGGGAUCGUUAAAACGUAGUCUUGCGUUCUCAUACUCAUUCAAAAAUCCACCACUGUCUAAAAUGGGUCACGUGAGCAGUCAGUCGCAGCUAGACACUAUUCAGUAUAGUCAAUCACAGGAAUUUCGAGGGAGCAGUCCGAAACCGGGAACUUCCGAAAAAAGUGAUAAGAAAUCGAAACUUUCAAGCAGCAGCUCAUUCUUCGGUUCGGGGGGAUGGCAUUCAAAAAGGGAUGGAUGACAGGAAAGGGGCUUUAUGAGGCUGUCAAGGAGUACAACUAGAGAAGAUGACGAUAGUAAAUCCGAUCCUUGUCACAGCCGUAAAGGCGAGAUUCCGGGCCCUAGCCGCACAGAUGAAUCGCCAGACCCAUCCCGGAGAGUUGAAAGCUCCUGUUCUAGCUACAGAGACGA